ACCACCGGAGAGAGAAGCUGUAAGCGCGAACAAACGCUCACAGCUGCUGCCCGGCGCCGGCAUUCGCUGCUCUCCAUGGGGGAGUGACCUGUCGCAGCCUCGCGCGCCGAGCCCCGCACGCCGAGUCCCCAUCGCCCCCACACCCCCCACGAGGCCCGUGGACAUGGCAAAGGAAGCAGCGGAGAUGUCGGAGGAGACGGUGCACAUGAUCGAAAGGAGCGCCGGCAAGGAUCCCGAGGGGGCCCUGUGUCCCGGGGACGCCAAGGAGAUGCGCGCCGUGGUUCUCACGGGCUUCGGGGGGCUCAACAAACUGCGGGUGACCAGGAAGGCGAUGCCCGAGCCUCAGGAGGGCGAGAUCAAGAUCCGAGUGAAAGCAUGCGGUCUGAACUUCCUAGACUUGAUGGUGCGGCAAGGAAAUAUCGAUAAUCCACCCAAGACUCCCCUGGUGCCCGGAUUUGAAUGUUCUGGAAUAGUGGAGGCCUUGGGCAGCAACACGAAAGGAUUUGAGAUCGGGGACCGAGUAAUGGCCUUCGUGAAUUACAACGCCUGGGCGGAGGUGGUGUGUACGCCGCUGGAGUUCGUUUAUAAAAUCCCGGAUGACAUGACUUUUCCAGAGGCGGCAGCCUUCUCCAUGAACUUUGUGGCUGCCUACAUGAUGCUGUUCGAGGUGGCCAACCUGCGCGACGGGAUGUCCGUGCUCGUCCACUCCGCCGGAGGGGGGGUGGGCCAAGCGGUGGCUCAGCUCUGCUCCACGGUGCCCAACGUCACCGUGUUCGGGACGGCUUCUUCCUUCAAGCACGAGGCCAUCAGAGAGUCCGUGACGCACCUCUUCGACAGAAACGCCGAUUACGUGCAAGAAGUAAAAAAAAUCUCCCCGGACGGCGUGGACGUCGUGCUGGACUGCCUGUGCGGAGAGAACACGGGCAAGGGCCUCGGUCUGCUCAAGCCCCUGGGGACCUACAUCCUGUACGGUUCAUCGAACAUGGUGACGGGCGAAACAAAGAGUUUCUUCAGCUUCGCCAAGUCGUGGUGGCAGGUGGAGAAGGUGAACCCCAUCAAGCUGUACGAGGAGAACAAAGUCAUCGCCGGCUUCUCGCUGCUCAACCUGCUUUUCAAACAAGGUCGCGGCGGCCUGGUGAAGACGGUCGUGCAGAAGCUUCUCUCCCUGUACGAGCAGAAGAAGAUCAAGCCACUCGUGGACUCCUUGUGGGCCCUGGAGGAGGUGAAGGAGGCCAUGCAGAGGAUCCAUGACAGGGGCAACAUAGGGAAGCUCAUUCUGGACGUGGAGAAGUCCCCCACCCCUUUGAUGGCCAACGACAGCACGGAGACCAGCGAGGCGGGCGAGGAGGAGGAGGAACACGAGGGCGACAACGACAACAAGGAGCGCAUGCCCUUCAUACAAUAGGGGCGGAUGGCGGAGGCCGCCGGCCCAGGAAGCAGGGGCACGAUAGCGCGUGGGGUGGGAAGGGGUGGGUCGCGGGAGGAUGGGUGGGUCGGGGGUCGGGGUUCACUGUUGUGUGCUGUGAACAAAAAAAAAGCCCUAGUAGAGCGUGCGUGAUCGUGUGUGUCCUCGUGUUUCGUCCGCCAGUGAGCUGAACUGUGAAUUGCGUGGAAAAAAAAAAAAAAGGAGGAAAAAAAAAAACGUAGCUUGUCGAAAGUGUUGAACUACAGAAGUGCCAUUCCCGGUCGGUGUUGAGGAGAUGUUACCUUUAUGUUGCCAGCCAAACUAUUGUUACCAGAUGCUCGGUUAUGUUUACAGCCUCCUGGGUGUCCGUCACUGUUUACUGGUCCACAUCGAAUGAACAUCGAGCAUGCGAGUGUGUGCGCGAGCGAGUACUGGCCGUUUGUUGCCCUAGCGUUGCUGAUGGAUACUGAAAAAUGGACCAAUCCGAGAAGGACUCUUCAGUGUGAGCCCAGCUGUGCUGUUCCGCUGAACUGCCACUGGACCUUUUCGUCGGUACUGGGGGGCAUGCAUAUUAAUGAUGUCAUUCCGGGGUCCUGUGGAGGAAACAUCAUUGCCUUGGCAACAGGCUGGAGUAGUAAAAUGACGCACUCUAUUCAAGCGACAGUAUUAAGUAUCAAGCUCGGGUGCUAAAUCCCAUACGAAAAUGGUCGUUUUAAAUAAAAACUAAAAUAAAAAAGAUGACAGCGCUCACACAUUGUCUGAAACCGCU